AUGUCCUACAAAGCAAAAGAAUCAAAAAAACAAAUAAAAUUUAAGUGCAAACCUCAGUUACACCCUAGCGACCAAUGGGUUUCAAUUGGAACAGGAAAUUAUUAUAAAGGAAAAUGGAAUCAUAGAACGAUGUCUGGAGAUGGAAUUUACGUCAUGCAAAAUGGAACUGUUUACGAGGGCAAUUUUGACGACGGAUUGUUUCACGGAGAUGGAUCUAUAUACUAUUCAUCAGGAUCCCGAAUUGAAGGAGUUUGGGAAAAAGGCAAAUGUGUGCAACAAAAUUACAUAUUCAGUGACGGUCUCAGAUUUCAACAAAAUAAUUGGCAGUACUGUAAGGUGCCCGACAGAAGAUUUGCCAUUGAACAUGUCAAUGGUUUUGAAUCAGCUGCUAGGAGUUAUCUUACCAAUCGACAGCCUACGAUCGUAGUGCCAAAUGGAGCAUAUGACGCGGGUGAUGGAUUUUACUGGCCGCUUACGAACACUGUUCACAAUUACUGGACAAGUGAGUUGAUUAGGGUCCCAACGGUAGAAUGCAGUAAUUGGAUUAUUGAAAACUGUCAUCGAGGUGGCAGAAGAGUGGUAGGUUUUCAACCAGAGUUUUACAAAAAUUGGUAUAGUACAACAGAAGAAAAUGAAGGAGAAUCUACAACUGCAGAUAACAAAUCUUCCAAACAAUUCAUUCACGACGACCAAUCUAUUAUGGCUGAAAUCAAAUCAGUUCCUUGGUUCGAUUUAUCUCUACCAAGCAUUAUACAGUCGAUACAUGAACCUUUUCUAUUGGAUCAAUUUUCUUCAUCGUCGUCGUCGUCAUCGUUAUCAGUCGAAAGUUUUCAACUAAGCCGUUGUCAAAGGACAUUGAUGUUGACUGACUGA